AUGUCGGAUAACUUCAACAGCCCAGAGUCAGUUAAUGGAUGGAACAAUAAAUCAGUGGUUACUGAAUUCAUUUUGUUGGGCCUGUCUAGCUCUCAAGAUAUUCAACUCUUCCUCUUCUUUUUCUUCUCUGUGUUUUAUGGAGCUGCGGUUUUGGGAAACAUCCUUAUCAUCCUCACAGUAAUUACAGACUCUAGCUUACAUUCCCCAAUGUAUUUUCUUCUUAGCAAUCUCUCCUUUAUUGAUGUGUGUCAGGCUACAUUUGCCACUCCCAAGAUGAUUGCAGACUUCCUCAAUGAACACAAGACCAUCACCUUCCAGGGAUGCAUGUCACAAAUCUUUUUCUUGCAUGUUUUUGGGGGUAGUGAGAUGGUGCUUCUUGUUGCCAUGGCCUAUGAUAGAUAUAUUGCUAUUUGCAAACCUCUGCACUACAUUACCGUCAUGAGCCGAAGGGUGUGCACUAUUCUGGUGGGAGUCUCCUGGACCAUUGGUAUUCUGCAUUCAGCCAGCCACCUGGCAUUCACAGUCAAUCUUCCUUUCUGUGGACCCAAUAAGGUAGACAAUUUCUUUUGUGACCUUCCCCUUGUGAUCAAGCUUGCCUGCUUAGAAACAUAUGUUUUAGAGAUCCUCGUGCUAACCAACAGUGGCCUGCUCUCUCUUAUCUGCUUCCUCCUUUUGCUCAUUUCUUAUACUAUCAUCCUUGCUACUGUCCAUCAGCAAACCUCUGGUGGGACAUCCAAGGCACUUUCCACCCUGUCUGCCCACAUCACUGUUGUGGUUUUGUUCUUUGGCCCAUUAAUCUUCAUUUAUAUUUGGCCUUUUGAAAGCUUCCCAAUUGAUAAAUUUAUUUCUGUGUUUUUUACUGUCUUCACUCCUGUCCUUAACCCCAUGAUCUACACAUUGAGGAAUAAAGAUGUAAAGGAAGCCAUGAAAAAGCUACGGACCCGACAUGUGGGUUCUAAGCAAGUCUUUUAG